CGCCACACUCGUCGUCACCCCACCAAACCUAAUGCAGCGACGCUUGCGACCAGCCCCUUGGUAGCCCGUGCGUCCAAGCGAAUUUCUCUCCACAACAACCAACGCAAUUUGCUUGGUCGACCUCCCGAACUUCACGAUCCGAAUCCAACGACUCGUCGACACAUUACCGUCAAGAUGCCUUCCGAAGUUUCCGACAUUAAGCAGUUCAUCGAGAUCUGCAGGCGCAAGGAUGCCAAGUCCGCCUGCAUAAAGAAGAACAAGAAGGUCAACAACAUCAAGUUCAAGGUCCGAUGCUCAACCAACCUGUACACCCUUGUCCUUAAGGACACCGACAAGGCCGAGAAGCUCAAGCAGAGUCUGCCUCCGGGUCUUACCAUCUCCGACGUUGGCAAGAAGAACCCCAAGGGCAAGCGCACCGCAUAA